AUGGACCUUCCAGAGACACCUGAACAGCUUGCCGCAAACACCAAUCAUCAAGAUGGCAUCAUUCUGCGCCAGAAUGCCUAUGCUGACAUGAGACCUUUCAUCGAACACCUCUGGGAAGAUCGCCGCGCCAUGUGCUGCAACAUCUAUCCCGACCAGUUUCCACGCGGUACCGCCGACAAGGGCGCCACCAAGGAAGAAGAAGACGCAUUUCUGUUUGGCUACUUCUCUGAACGCGACCUCCACCUGCAGGGCGGUCGAUUUCUGAAACAAGUCCUCUACGCCAUCGCCAAGUUCAACGAAGACAGCGUCCUUUCUCAAGCCGAGAAAUGGUGGAAAGAGUACAACUUCUGCUCCAGCUUCGGCAUGGACGCCGCUCAGAUCAGACAAGUUCUUGACUUGCAUCAAGCACCCAACUACCCCGAGUCUUUCUUAGGACGUGUCGUUCUUCUCAUCAGCGAUGGUUUCAGACGUUCUCAGUCUGUCACCGCUAACGACAUGGAGCCCACUCCCUCUUCGCAAGAAGUUGUGCCAAUUACUCAAAACCACCAUCAAUACCAGCAGCAGCAGCAGAGGCCCAGAACUGGCUCGACUCAUGGCACCUCGCUUCUUCGUGGUCAGCAGCAGGCUCAGUCAUACAAUACUCGCUCCUUCUCGCGCCAAUUUCGCGGUGGUCGUAACCGUCGUCCAUCGAUGAGUCCCAUGAUAGCACCCAUGCAACCUCCUUCUAGCUUCCCGGAUCUUGACGCCAACAUCAGCUUUAUUGAUGCUCAGCCCUACCAACCAGUUGGUUUUCCACCUGAUAUGUACUAUUCGCCUCCGAUGUUUGUUCCUGCCCCCGAGUCUCGCAUGCAUCCUGCUCCUGACUACUACUAUGUCGAAAGCGAUGUUUCGCAUAGACGCUCUGGCUCGUUUGGCCAGCGUGGUCAUCAUCUUCCUCCCAGACUGGAUCCGAAUUCCUUCAUACGCUUCAGUGACAACACUCAGCAGCGCUCCUCCUACCCCACACAGUCCUACGGCCAUAGAGGUGGCCACCGCUCUUCCUUCAAUAACUCCAACAGAGCACGUCGAUCUUCUUUCCGCUCUGGUGAUGCGUGGCAAGGAUCUAACAGGGAGACCAGGUCGUUUGAGAGAAGAAUCUAUUCCGACCACCGCGGCUAUGCUCAUCCAGCUGAGCGUGAGCGUAACUACGUGAGAGAGAACUGCUCUCAUUUAGACAUAACUGGAGACCGUCGAGACGAACCCUCACCAACUGACACCAAACUUACUAUGGAGUCUAGUGAACAGACCUUCACUCGACCUGUUUUGCCGUCACUAUCCGAGGACGGCUCUAUCAACAACAGCUCCCCAAAAACGGCUGAAGACGACAGCUUUCAGACUGCUGCCGAGACUCCCACAACAACCCCCACGGAGAAAGUAUCGUGUAAAAAGGCACAGUCUGAUCCACAUUCGCCUGCCAUUACCAGAGAGAGCGACGAAGAUGCUGUUUCAGGGGCUGCCGUCGAGACUUCUCCCACAGUGACCCCUACUGAGGAGGAAGUACACGGUAGAAAUGCAGAGUCUAUUCCACGUUCACCGACUAGCACCAUUGAGAGCGGUGACACUGCAAGCAUGCCGAAUAUUAUUCAGCAGUCGACUGCAGUUGCACAACACGAAUCUCAGAUUACAGGUCCGAGGUCAGGUCCGAAGCAGACUGAGUCUUACAGUCCUUUCGCACGUCGAGCAAACACGAAGAAGAAGGACCCCAAACAGAAGCCAGGCAAAUCAAAGAGCAAGAUUAAGCCUGAGCCAACCCAGUCGAAGCAAAUCAUGGUCGACACCUCGGUGGAUACGAGUCCGGAGACUCGCAUUACUGCUACAGAGGAUCUUACCGAGCAAGGCNCAGAACGACAAUGUCAACCCUGA